AUGUCUAAGCUGACUCUGGACGGCUUUUUUUCCUACUGCAAGCAAAUAGCAGAGCACAUACAGUUGGGUGACAGGAUGGCAUCCCUUUCAGGACAAAGCACUCCCAGGCUGACCUCUGGCGUCGGCAACUUGUACUACGACUCUAUCCUCCCGUACCGAGAAGAUGCCAACCCCCAAACGCGCGAGUUCCUCGCGAGGGUCGUGGACGUACUUCUCGACUACAUCCAGAAAGUCAACGAUAGGAAUGAAAAGGUCGUGGACUUCAAAAUGCCGGAAGAGAUGAUCAGAAUGCUGGAUCUCCAUCUUCCAGACGAUCCCCUGCCUCUGAAGCAGCUUCUAGAAGACUGCAAGAUCACUCUUAAACAUCAAGUCAAGACUGGUCAUCCCCACUUCUUCAACCAACUAUCCUGUGGUCUGGACAUCAUCUCUCUUGCCGGCGAAUGGCUGACUGCUGCAGCGAAUACCAACAUGUUUACCUACGAGAUCGCACCUGUCUUCAUCUUGAUGGAGAACGUCGUGCUCGAGAAGAUGAGGGACAUGAUUGGGUGGAAGCGUGGAGACUCUAUUUUGGCACCAGGCGGUUCGGUGUCCAACCUGUACGCGUUCCUGGCAGCUCGCCACCACAAGUUCCCGCAGUACAAGGAAAAGGGCCUCUCCAGCAUCCCUGGUCAGCUCGUCAUGUUUACUUCUGAACAGUGCCACUACUCUGUGAAGUCCUGUGCGUCUGUGUGCGGUCUGGGCACAGACCACUGCGUGUGUGUGCCGUCUGAUGAACGCGGCCGCAUGAUCCCGAGUGAACUGGAGAGACUCGUGAGGUACCACAAGGACAGGGGCAAUGUCCCAUUCUUCGUGAAUGCAACGUCUGGUACAACCGUUCUUGGAGCUUUCGACCCGCUCAUGGAAAUAGCCGACAUCUGCCAGAAGUAUGACAUGUGGAUGCACGUCGAUGCUGCUUGGGGUGGUGGUCUGCUGUUCUCAAAGAAGUAUCGUCAUCCCCGACUCACUGGGAUCGAACGAGCGGACUCUGUGACUUGGAAUCCUCAUAAGCUCAUGGGCACCCUCUUGCAGUGCUCCACCGUGCACUUCAAGUAUGAGGGUAUCCUCCUAAGCUGCAACGCCAUGUCCGCCGAGUAUCUGUUCAUGCCGGACAAGAUCUACGACCCUCGUUAUGACACAGGAGACAAGGUCAUCCAGUGCGGACGCCACAACGAUAUCUUCAAGCUGUGGUUGCAAUGGCGUGGCAAGGGCACAUCUGGCUUCGAGCGCCACAUGGAUAGACUGAUGGAGCUGAGUGAGUACAUGGUCAGACGCAUCCGAGAGCAGAGCGACAAGUUCUAUCUGAUCUUAGAGCCCGAGAUGGUCAACGUCUGCUUCUGGUACUUACCGAAGCAACUGCGUGGUCUUCCUCACGACAAAAACAAGGAGAUCAAGCUUGGAAGUGUCUGCGCUAAACUGAAGGGCCGUAUGAUGCAAUCAGGAACUUUGAUGGUCGGAUAUCAACCGGAUGAAAGGCGACCAAACUUCUUCCGCAACAUAAUAUCCUCCGCUGCCGUCACCGAGAAAGACGUGGACUUCCUCCUUGCUGAGAUGGACCGACUCGGACACGACCUAGUCGUCGAUUAAGUUAACUGUUAAAAAUCAUUCUUAACCAUAAUCUUUGAUGGAUGGGUUAAAAAUGAUAACAAAAAUCGAUGUGUUGUUUAAAUGUGCUUACUAAAUAUUUGACGCUCUGAAAAGUCUUCCAUAGAGUACCUAAAUUAUUAUAUGAAUGUCUAUUUUUCGUGUUGUUUCGGCGGGGGAAAUUGUAUAAAUAUAUACUCGUAGAACGAAAUGUAAGUCUUUAAAAUUUGACUGUCAAUAUAAACACUUAAUUUUACGGGUAUUCACCGUGAUCGUUAUUUUGGGAUUUCCAAUAUUUCAACGACUUUGCAGACGACGCGGUCGCGAGUCGAAAUAUUGGGUGUUACAAAAUGACAUUAUGGUAUCAUAGAAUACAAAUAUAGAACAAAAUGAUUUGAUUUCUUUAAUAACUAAAAUAUUUAACGAAUUAGAAAACUUUAUACAUUUUUCAAAAUAUUAUUUUUAUAUUACCGCCUUUUGUUGAUUUGUCUUUGAAAGGUGUGAUCGGAAUAUUGACAAUGAAAAUAUAUUAAACCUUUUUUUAAAAUUAUUUUGGCGUAGAAUAAAAUAAAAUAAUUAUGAUAGAAAAUUAUAAAAAAAUAGAUGUUAAUACGGUUUAAUAUAUUUACGAGUGUAUGUACGGUUUAAUAUGUGUUUAAUAUAUGUAUUUAAAAAAAAUAGUUUCGACAUGUUAAUGUCACAUUUAUUGCAAAAAAAAAAGUAAAAUGGUUUUUAGAAUAAGUAAAUACCGAAUAUAAAGGAUAAAAUUGUUUCGA